CACCACAACUACCCCAUAACCCCACUCAACAUGAACGAUAACCCCUCCUGGACAAACAUAUUCUUUUCCAACAACCCCCCCCCCGAUUUCAUCAACCAACUCAACAACGAAACCAACCCCCAACCAUCCCCAUUCAUCCCCGAAGACAGCAACUGGAAACUAGGACGCAAAGCAGACAAAGGCCGACAACCAGAUCCAACUCAAAUCCAAGUCCUCUGGCUCCGUAGCCACGGCCACAGAAAAUACAUCGCCAAAGUAUUCCCCGAAUACACCCCAAACCAAGCCAAAAUACAACUCCAACGUUUCAGAUUCCGCAAUUCCCAGAUACCCAAACUGAUCCCCGAUGCUUUGCACGAAUUCGAUAGAUUUCCCCGAGAAGCUAGGGCAUACACCCACAUUGACCGAUUCUGCCCUGACCACGAAAGAAUCUACUUUCCCAGCCACUACGGGGUUAUCACAAAUCUGGACAAAUCCAGAUUCUCCUCGGGAUAUCGCCAAGAACGAGCUAUUAUCCUCGAGGCUAUUAAACCGAAUGUCCGCUCUCGACGGAUCCUAGCUGAAUCGCCAGAGACACACUCUACCAGCUUUACGCACACCCUUGCAAAGCUACCACUAAGCCCAUUCGAAUACUCAUACUAUCUAUCUCUCUUCCACGACCGUCUCCAUCGUCUAAACGCUUUGCAUAAGCUGGGAAUCAUCCAUGGAGACAUACAAGAUUGGCAUUUCCGACUCCCGGAUGACUUUCAUGAUACAGUGUUGUAUGAUUUCUCUGAAGCGUACACUUUCACCCCCAAGUUACCCCUUCGGUUCCGUGAACCCAUAAUAUUGAGCCGUUUUGCAGAAGGUGAACGUCAAGGUGUUGAAUUACAUCUUGGAAAACGAGCAAAAGACAGAGAUCUACGUUCCUAUCUCAUUAAAUCAACCUCGGAACAGAUCAUAGACAAUACUAUCUGACAACCACUAGAUCGAGAAGAAGCCUUGCUCGAGUUAAUUAUAUUGAAGGUCUGGAAUCGUCCGGAUUAUUUCUCAACACCUACUUUAUCAUCCAUCUUCCCGUUUCUGGAGUACCUGGGCCGAAACUCCGACCCGGGGUGGUGUAUUCGUCGAGCGAGACUCUUGGAUCGAAAUGAGUUCGUUUGGGCCGUUUUCGAUGAUGAUGGAGAGCAUUCUGUAUCAAUUAUCUUUCAAGAUGAAUUGCAGUUUGAGACAGCAUGCAGAACUCGCUUUUUGCUUUGCUUGGUACCUAAGUCGUGGGGUGUGAAGGAUCAAGAGAAGCUUCAAUGUGUUUGUUGUUCUUUCGUGUCGUCUAGGCGCUCCGGGAGGAUUAUUGAGAGGGGUAAGUUUAUGGAGAUGGAGAUGGAG